ACACUUCCGGUCUGUCCAGCAAAGGAUUUAUAGUAAACAGAAAGCCUGAAUUUUUGUUCAACGAUUCAUUUUAAAUACAUUUGCCUUCCGUAACAAUAUGUUACUGUUUUGUCCGACAUGCGGGAACGUUUUAGUCGUCGAAGAGGGACAGAGGUGCAUGAGAUUCGCAUGUAACACCUGUCCUUACGUACACAACGUCACUAGAAAGGUAAACAACCGAAAGUAUCCCAAAUUAAAAGAGGUGGAUGAUGUUCUUGGUGGAGCUGCAGCGUGGGAAAACGUGGACUCGACACCAGAAACUUGUCCAAAGUGUGGGCAUCCUCGGGCGUAUUUCAUGCAGAUUCAGACCCGAUCAGCUGAUGAACCAAUGACUACUUUCUACAAAUGCUGCAAUCCCCAGUGUGGACAUCGAUGGAGAGAUUAAAAGAUUUUCACUUGUUUACGUCAGGUUGCACACAUUUGGUAGAUAAUUUAAGUGUUCCUUUCAUGAUUUUUAUUGAUAAAAUAAUACCCGUGUACAGCAGUCAAAUAAAUGUACUUCCAUAAGUAUACAUCACAUUUAGAGCAGUACAUUCAUUCAAAUUUGAGGCAAUCCAUAUCUUUUUAUUUUGCACAGAUCUGUCUUGAUUUAAAUCCUAAAAAUAAAAAAAAAUCAGAUGCA